AAAGAUCGCUGGCUGCAGUGUUUGCUCUAGCUCUUUGCCGUUGCCCUGAGGGGGAUCCCGUUCUGUUUCCUGUAGCUGCCCAUGACUUUGCUUCCCCCACCUCCUCACACCCCACCUCUGGGACUCCACCUGCUCUGCUCCACUCCUGCCUUCUACCUAGGAGUCUCAGGAGCCCCUCUGUCUGGGUCUGCGUCUUGGUGUAAGUGUGUUUGCCCAGACUGAAGCGCAGUUCCGUCUCCUGGAUUUACUGUAGUUCAACUCAAAGGGAGGGCGUGUUGAGUGAGAGAAGCGGGUGUCGUUGGAGACAUCCUUAGGCCUACUUCCUGCCCGUCUUUGUACCUGUCUGUGUUCUGUUGAAGGGCUUUGACUUUCCUGAGGGACUCCGAUAUCAUUCUUCUCACUGAGGUGUGAUAUGGGAGUGAUGAGCUGAACAUGGGGUCGCUACUGUCACAAUUGGGUCUGGAGUGUGGGAGGAAGGAAGAAAAAGAGGAAGAAAGACACCUGCGAGCAAAUGACAGAGAAUUCAACUUGUCUUACGAGUAUGCUGACAAUGCCAUUAAAACCUCCAAAUACAAUUUCUUCACCUUUCUCCCGCUCAAUCUGUUUGAGCAGUUCCAAAGACUGGCCAAUGCAUACUUCCUCUUCCUCCUCUGUCUCCAGCUCAUCCCAGAGAUCUCAUCCCUGUCCUGGUUCACCACCGUGGUCCCCCUGGUCCUGGUGCUCUCCAUGACCAUGGCCAAGGACGGCAGCGACGACAUAAACAGACACAGAUGUGACAGACAGGUGAACAACCGGAAGGUGGAGGUCCUCAUCGCUGGAGAACUAAGGAGUGAAAAGUGGAUGGAUGUUCAAGUUGGGGACAUCAUCAAGCUGGAGAAUAAUCAGUUUGUCACGGCCGAUCUCCUGUUGCUGUCCAGCAGUGAGCCUCUCAACCUCGUCUACAUAGAAACAGCUGAACUAGAUGGAGAAACUAACUUGAAGGUGAAGCAGGCCCUGACUGUGACAGGGGAACUGGAGAAUAGCAUAGAGAAACUGGCCAACUUCAACGGCGAGGUGCGCUGUGAGCCACCCAACAACCGCCUAGAUAAGUUCACUGGCACCCUGACUCUGAAGGGAGAGACGUACUCCCUGGACAACGAGAGGGUCCUGCUGAGAGGCUGUACUCUGAGGAACACCCAGUGGUGCUUCGGCCUGGUCGUCUUUGGAGGUCCAGACACCAAGCUGAUGCAGAACUGUGGAAAGACCACAUUGAAACGGACCAGCAUUGAUCGCCUCAUGAAUGUUCUGGUGCUGAGUAUCUUUGGUUUCCUGGCGGUUAUGUGUUUAAUCCUGGCCGUUGGGAAUGGAAUCUGGGAGUACCAGGAGGGCUCUAAGUUUGCUGCAUUCCUACCCAAGCAAGAGGGGGUUAACGCUCCCUUUUCAGCCUUCCUCACCUUCUGGUCCUACGUCAUCAUCCUCAACACUGUGGUGCCUAUAUCCCUCUACGUCAGUGUGGAGAUCAUUCGCCUGGGGAACAGUUUCUACAUAGACUGGGACAGGAAGAUGUACUAUCCCAAGAGUGACACGCCUGCCGAGGCCAGGACCACCACGCUCAACGAGGAGCUGGGCCAGAUCAAAUACAUCUUCUCUGACAAGACUGGAACACUCACACAGAACAUCAUGACCUUCAACAAGUGUUCCAUCAACGGGAAGUCCUAUGGGGAGUUGUUGGACUUUUCUGGACAAAGAGUGGAGAUUAAUGAGAAAACAGAGAAGGUGGACUUCUCUUGGAACAACCUGGCCGACCCAAAGUUCUGUUUCCAUGACCACAGCCUAGUGGAGGUGGUGAGGGAGGGCAACCCCCAGGUGCAGGCCUUCUUCCGCCUGCUUGCGUUGUGCCACACCGUCAUGCCCGAGGAGAAGAAGGAGGGUGAAUUGUACUACCAGGCCCAGUCACCAGACGAGGGAGCUCUGGUCACAGCAGCCAGGAACUUUGGCUUUGUGUUCCGCUCUCGUACACCAGAGAGCAUCACUGUGGUGGAGAUGGGACAGCUGGUCACCUACGAGCUACUGGCUGUACUGGACUUCAACAACGUCCGCAAGAGGAUGUCGGUCAUCGUGCGCAGUCCGGAGGGCAAGCUGACUCUUUACUGUAAGGGAGCAGACACCAUCAUCUUUGAGAGACUGAACCCUUCUUGCAGCAAACUUAAGGAGGUCACCACCGAACACCUGAAUGAGUAUGCUGGGGAUGGUCUGCGUACACUGGCUCUGGCCUACAAGGACAUAGACCCAAAGUAUAUGGAGGAGUGGAAACUGCGCCACCAUGAGGCCAGCACUGCCAUGGACGAGAGGGAGGAGAAGUUGGAUGCGCUGUAUGAGGAGAUCGAGGAAGGCCUGCUGCUGUUAGGAUCCACUGCAGUAGAGGAUAAGCUACAGGAUGGAGUGCCUCAGACCAUUGAGAAGCUCUCCAAAGCCGACAUCAAGAUCUGGGUGCUCACUGGAGACAAGCAGGAAACGGCAGAGAACAUUGGCUACUCCUGCAACAUGUUGCGAGAGGAGAUGACCGAAGUGUUCAUCGUGUCGGCAAACACAGCAGAGGAAGUCAGAAAGGAGCUCCAGACCGCAAGGAGGAAGAUGAGACCUGAUGGACCAGAGGAGCCUACUGUCACAAAGAGUAGAAGUGGCCUGUUUUGUCUUUUAAAGACGGAGACGGUGGCGGAUGAGCCAGUGGAUGGAGAGUACGCUAUGGUGAUUAACGGACACAGUCUGGCCUUUGCCUUGGAGAAGGACAUGGAGAUGGAGCUGCUGCGGACAGCGUGUAUGUGUCAGACGGUAAUCUGCUGCAGGGUGACUCCACUGCAGAAAGCCCAGGUGGUGGAGCUGGUGAAGAAGUACAAGCAGGCUAUCACUCUGGCCAUCGGCGACGGCGCCAACGACGUCAGCAUGAUCAAGGCUGCUCAUAUAGGAGUAGGUAUAUCAGGUCAGGAGGGAAUGCAGGCGGUGCUCUCCAGUGACUUCUCCUUCGCUCAGUUCCGCUACCUGCAGCGCCUCCUGCUGGUGCACGGCCGCUGGUCCUACCUGAGGAUGUGCAAGUUCCUGCGCUACUUCUUCUACAAGAAUUUCACCUUCACCUUCGUCCACUUCUGGUACGGCUUCUUCUGCGGUUUCUCAGCCCAGACUGUGUAUGACGAGUGGUUCAUCACCCUGUAUAACCUGGUUUACACAGCUCUACCUGUGCUGGCGUUGAGUCUCUUUGACCAGGAUGUAAAUGAUCGGUGGAGUUUCCAGUACCCCAAGCUCUACGCCCCAGGCCAGCUCAACCAGUACUUCAGUAAGAGGGCCUUUGUCUACACGGUGUUACACAGUGGCUACAGCUCCCUAGUCCUCUUCUUCAUUCCCUGGGCAGCCAUGUACGACACGGUCCGAGACGACGGUAAAGACAUUGUGGACUAUCAGUCCUUCGCCCUGCUGGCCCAGACCUGCCUGCUCAUCGCCGUCAGUAUACAGCUGGGUCUGGACACCCACUAUUGGACGUCAGUGAACCAGUUCUUCCUGUGGGGCAGUCUGUGUGUGUACUUUGCUGUCAUAUUCACCAUGUACAGCAAUGGCAUGUUUCUCAUCUUCACCUCCUCCUUCCCCUUCAUUGGCACAGCCAGGAACUCCCUGAACCAGCCCAAUGUGUGGCUGACUAUGCUACUCACCUCCAUCCUCUGUGUGCUUCCCGUGGUGGCAUAUCGCUUCCUCCGCAUCCUGCUGUGGCCCACUAUCAACGACAAGGUGAGGUACAAGGUGAGACAGGACAAGGUGCUGCCCCCUGCCCCUCGCCGUGUCCAAGCCCGCCGCGCCAGUACCCGCCGGUCAGGCUAUGCCUUCUCCCACGCCCAGGGCUACGGUGACCUGGUGACCUCAGGCAAGUUCCUGCGGUGGACCCCGAAGAGCCGGCCAGCCCUUUUCUCCCAGACAGACUCCCCAUUGGCCCAGACCCAGCCUCAGUUCUACCGCACCAUCAUUGAGGGGGAGGAGCCACCACUGAGUCCCUAGGAGUGAUGACCUAACAGAGCACACAGUGUUCAGGCCAUUAAGUCUGAAAAUCCUCAAUGAAUCUAUUCCUAAAAGAAAUAUCAAAUGUCAAUCAGCCAUGUUUCUGUGAAACACUUCCACUGAUGCGAGGAUGUGUAACAUUCUUGAUCUGGAUAAAAAGUACAAGGACAACCCCAAGCCUAAAUUCAGCAUUUAGUGCCAGGCUUAGUUUCAAGAUGUAUGUAUGUGGAAGUACUGUACUUGUAACUGUAAAAAAAAAUUUUUUUUUAAAGUAUUGGUGAUACAGCAACAAAAUCAUGCUGGGCAUAAGUCCAAAAUGAUCAUUAUGUGACAAUGGUCAUAGUGGCGGUUGGUGCCGUUUAAGAUUGGGGAGGACGAUUCGUUUUUUUAUGGCCUUAUUUCUAUUACAGCAUAAUAUUGGAUGACUGUCAUUCAUAUUCCAUUCACACAGCUCAAUGUAACAUCUAUAGGUUUAGGCUGCUACAUGAUACUCUAGUUUUCCCUAUACCCAUCAUGAGGUUGCUACAACCUAGCCUAGGUGCACAGGUCAAAAUACAAAUUGGAGUAAUCAAGGUGACAGACAGUGCUUGCAUCUAGCUGAUCUAGGGUGUAAUCAUUAGUUCAAACUGUUGCAAAUGAGAAUUUCUAUUGGACAAAUUCAGGUAGGUUUAUUCCCGUUUCGUUCCGUUUGCUUCUGUUUAAGAUACGUUUUUCAACAGAAUCGGCAGAAUUAAUACACCACUGAUCACCUGCACACACAGCUCACUUUCAUAGCAGCCACAUACAAACAGCAUCAUCACUUUGCUCGUUGUAUAAAUCUUUCUCGCUUUUACGCGCUCUCCUCCUCUCACCUUUUCCCUUACACCCAGUUACACCGGUGGGCCCCGGUGGCAAUAAAAAAAAGAAAAACGAAAGCUUACCUAGACUUGGAAGAGUUUCAGUGUUGGAUAGCCUUAGCCAGCUAGCUAACAUAAGUAGCAUUCCUCUCUGUUUGAGCUAGGUGUUUGAGUAGGCUAAAUUAGAUGGCUGCAUUAACUAGCUAAGAAAGUGAAAGUGUACAAAUUACAACAAAAUAUAGCUCUCUGUUGCUUCUAAUUUUUUUAAGAAAUUAAUUUUUUCAAAACUGUUCAACUAUUGUCUUUCUGUUUGAGUCAACUACUCACCACGUUUUAUACACUACAGGGCUAGCUAUUUGUAGCUUAUGUUUUUACUACUAGAUUCAUUCUCUGAUCCUUUGAUUGGGUGGGCAACAUGUCAGUUCAUGCUGCAAGAGCUCUGAUUGGUAAGCCAUCAUAAUUACUGUGUAAGUCUAUGGUAGGGGGUGAGAACCAUGAGCCUCCUAGGUUUUGUAUUGAAGUCAUUGUACACAGAGGAGGAUGAAAAAUAGCUGUACUCCGGUUACAACAUGGUGCUACCCCAGAGUGUUGUUGAGGCUACUGUAGACCCUCAUUGCAAAACAGUGCAUUUUAAUUUAGUGACGUAAAUAUAUUUAAUAUAGUUUUAUCUAUAAAAGGAUAACUUUUUAAUGUUUCACAAUAAAAAAAAAAAAUGAAAUUCACUGAGUAGGAUGGUCCUCCCCUGUUUUAUUAUAGCUUUAUCAAUGAAUUGUAGUUAUUCUCGAGUUAUUACUGUGUUAUUAUACAAUUUAGUGAGACUUAAAGGGCCUUAAAUAACAUGAUUUGAAACUUUUAUACAAACUUUCUUUACAUAUUGUUCCACCUACAUUGUAGUGAACUGUCUGUACUCAGGGUGUUGCAUUGAGUUAUGAUAUAUUAUUAUUUGAGUGCAUUAUGUCAGGCAUAGCCUGUUCUGACUUCUGUUCUGACUAUGUUAGUAUACCUUAGUAGACAUAUUUGUGUAAUAUUUGUUGGACCUACAUGAGGAUGUUGUAUUUUUUUCUGGGAAUAAUAUUGUAUGAAAAUAUAAACAUUUUCUCAAUCGUUGAAACACAAAUCAUAGACUCUCUAAUGUAAUUUUAAUUAUGUAGCCUACUUUUUGAGCAUUGUACUGCCAUAAUAAAUGUUUGAUAUUUUUGUA